AUGUUUACUUCAAAUGAAACUUAUCAUUGUGAUCUCAAAAAUUUCCGUCAACAGAACUACGAUCUCAAAAGUGCUAAGUUUACAUUUUCUGAAAUGCUCGUUUGCUUUUUUCUGGUGAAUAUUUUCUGGACAAACAAUUAUGUGCGUUGUUACCACCGUUCAAAUGUUAUUUUCCCUUAUGAAAUAAAUGGCGCUACUUUGUCAUACAAAACCUGGAAAAAGAUUGCCGUCAACAUUCCAUUCAACUGA